AAAAAAAAAAACUUUUUUUUGUAUCGGAGGAAUCAACAGCCGCCAUCUUGACGCGGCUCAGAAUCGGGAUUUCUGGGGGAGCAUUAAUUUUAAAACCCUACAGGAGCUGCCCAGGUCGGACUUAAACGGGGUUUUCUUGCAUAAAAUCGAGGUAUUAGGUAAUUCGAUGGGAUUUUGUGCAAACAUGUGAGGGUUAAAUGGGUUUUUAUCGCGUCGAGAGCCCACUGUAUAUUUGAUUUCCCUUUUAGCGAGCGCCGCUUGUCGCCGUAUCUCCACCCGGAGACGUGGUGUUUAACGGUCGACAGCGUCGAUAAAAAUAAUCCACCACAUAGAAAAUAUUUCUCGAUUUUUGCUCUUUUUAUUUAAGCCAGAGAUUGAUUUUAUGGACCUUCGUUUCGCCUCGGAAAAAAUGAUUCUCUACGGACGCGAAACCGGCGAUCUGCAGCGGCAGUUUUUCGCCGACGCUUUGUGUGGUAUUUUAUGAGUGACUAUUUAUUUAUUGUUUUCGACGUGAAAUAAUUUUUCGAGUUUAAUUAUUGAGGACAAUUAUGUGGGUGUUGGGUGUUGGAUUAUCAUGGGGUGAUCUUCGGCGGCGGAGCGUGGCGCUGUUGCCUUUCUUUUGAAGCCUUUUUCUCCAGGCAGCAGAUCUUCAAGCUGCCAGCCACAAUUGUACUUUAAACAAAACGCUCCAUCUUUUUUUUUGAGCUAAAAACCCAAAGGUUGAGAUUGUCUGCGAACAGCCGUUAAAUUUACCGGCGACAAUGGCUGAUAAUCUACUGGAUGUAGGACCUCCGACUGCAAAGCGACCCAAGCUGAAUUCACCUCUCUCCGGAUCGGACGGUCCAGAUCUUGUGUCCCUGCUUGAUCUUGAGAAUGACCUACCGGAUGAGCUUAUCCCAAAUGGUGACCUCUCUCAGAUGGGCAUGCCAUCCAAUGGGGGCCCUGGUGGAGCGGGCGGGCCAGGUCUCAGCUCUCUGGUCAUGGAUGCGGCAGCCAAGCAUAAGCAGCUUUCUGAACUGCUGCGGCCAGGGAGCUCCUCUAUCCUUGGAGGCGGUCUAAACUCUGGUCCCCAACAGGGAGGCAUGGUUGGAAACCAGCUUGGGGCAGUGCUUGGUAAAAGUCCGCUCGGUCAAGGCUCCCCAAAUCAUCAGUCUCCCCAGGCGCAAAAAGGAGGUGUAUCAGCUGGCCAAGGCAACGGUGGUGCUGGGAUGGGCUUCAAUCAGACCAUGUUGAACAGUGGGCAGGGUCAUGGAGUCCUGGGACCAACAGGACCUGUAAUGAAUGGUACUUUGGGACCAGCUGGGCGAGGGAGACCUGGACCUGGCAUGCAGUACCAGGGUCAAGGCAUGCCGGGAGGGCAAGUGGGAGCAGGACCUGGAGUUGGUGGCAGUGUGUUGGCGGAAACACUCACUCAAGGUGGAUCACAACUGGGUGGACAUAACAGCCUGAACGCUCAGCAAAGUGGCAACAUGAAUAAGAUGGGGAUGUCCGGAGCUCCAUUUGGCCAGCAGUAUGGUCAGGCUGGCGUCCAGCAGAUGGGGGGAACUGGGGUCAACUCCCAACAACUUCAAAACAAGACAGCCCUUCCAAGCAAUCUGCCACAAUUCCCUUCAGACUUAAAAGGAGCCGGGAGUGUGCCAAACAUGUCUCAAAUGCAGCAGCAGGUAGCGGCGGUGGGCAUGGUCCCUGGAGCUGGGGGUGUGACUGGUGGUCCCACGGCCGACCCAGAGAAACGCAAACUCAUUCAGCAGCAGCUGGUCCUGCUGCUUCAUGCACACAAGUGCCAGCGCAGGGAACAGGCCAAUGGGGAAGUGAGGGCCUGCACGCUACCCCAUUGUCGUACCAUGAAGAACGUCCUCAACCACAUGACCCACUGCCAAGCUGGCAAAUCCUGUCAGGUGGCCCACUGUGCAUCCUCCAGACAGAUCAUUUCCCACUGGAAGAAUUGCACGCGACACGACUGUCCAGUCUGCCUCCCGCUGAAGAAUGCAAGCGAUAAGCGGAAUCAGCAGCCCAUGCUUGGUUCCCCUGGUGCUGGUCUACAAAACGCCAUCAACACAGGGGGAACUGGCCAGCCGAGCUCUGCAAACAUCAACACUGCUGCCACCCACAUCGACCCCAGUUCCAUGCAGAGGGCGUACGCCGCCCUCGGCCUGCCCUAUGGAAACCAGUCUCCUGCUCAGGUCCAAGGGCAGAACCAAGGCCAAGCUACCCAAAAUCCCCAAGGCCCUCAGCAUCAACUACGGAAUCUGAACCAAUUAGGCACUAAUCAGAUGAACCAGAUGGCAGGGGGUUUGGGGGUUCCCUCUUCGGAGCAGACCGGCAUGCACUCUGACUCCUCGUUGCCAACGACACUAAACAAUCAGUUGUUGCCAGAUGGGUCAGUGGCAGGUCUGGGGAACCUGCCCGCCGCUGCCCCCCUUUCGGCAUCGGGUGUGCGUAAAGCUUGGCACGAACACGUCACUCAGGACUUGCGCACCCACCUGGUGCACAAACUAGUACAAGCCAUAUUCCCCACCCCUGACCCUGCAGCACUAAAGGACAGACGGAUGGAGAACCUAGUUGCAUAUGCACGCAAGGUGGAGGGUGACAUGUAUGAGUCGGCCAACAGCAGGGACGAGUAUUACCACUUCUUAGCAGAGAAAAUCUACAAAAUCCAGAAAGAGCUGGAAGAGAAAAGGCGCUCACGGCGUCAGAAGCAGCCAGGCAUGGUGGGAACUGGAGGACCUCAGCAGCCGGGAAUGGCUCAGCCUAAUGCGAUGGGUCCUGGACAGGCUGCCCGGCCUCAAGGUGGACCUGUGCCUAUGCCCAACAUGCAAAAUCAGCUAAUGAACCGCAUGCAGAUGUCUCAAGGUAUCAAUCAGUUCAACCCGAUAGCAAUGCAGAAUGCCCAGAUGUCUCAGGCACCCAUUGGGGCUCGAGCUCCGUCCCCCAUGAAUCACCCGCAGCAGAUGAACAUGAACUCUGUGCCAAAUAUGGGCAUGUCUCCCUCAAGAAUGCCUCAGACUCAGAGCAUGAUGGGUAAUCACGUGAAUAACAUGGUCCCACCCAACCAGGGCCAAUUCUUGCCACAGGGUCAAUUCCCUGGAGCCACAGGUGGAGCCAUGAAUGUGAAUGUCGGUAUGGGCCAGCCCAUAACUCAGAAUACUGUCGUGCAGCAACAGAACUCUAGCUUGUCCUUGAAUGCCAUGGGCUCUCUAAACUCCCAGUUGCCUUGUGGCCCUGCAGCCCUCGCGGGCAACCCUCCACCCAACACAACGGCCAACCUGCAGCCGCAACUGCAGCAGCAGCAGCACCACACUCCAACACAGAACCAGGUGCUGCCGCAGCCUAACACGCCUGCCUCCACAGGUGGGCCCUCCACCACCCCCACGCAUAUCCCCAGUGGUCUGCCUGGGCCCCCAUCCGCCAUGAACACACCUGACCCUCCCCAGCCGCUUACGCCAUUAGCACCGCAGCCUGAAUCGACGGGUCCGCUCCAGCAGCCGGCCUCAGUGCAGGCGCAGCACCCCAGCACACCGUUGUCCCAGGCUGCUGCUAGUAUAGACAACAGAGUGCCUACUCCUGGAUCUGUAGCUGAGCUGAAUUGUCAACCAACUCUACCUGACACGAGCGCCACUGAAAUCAAAGCUGAAGUGAAAGAAGAAGAAGACGAAGAAAGCAUUUCUGGAAAGAAGCCGGCGACCAUAAAAACAGCUGAUGACGAAACAAAAGCUCCUCUAGUGGACAAAGAGGAGCCUGAUGCUGCAGAGCCAAAGCAGGAGCCAAUGGAAACCGAGGAGAAGAAGCCAGAGACGAAGGCAGAACCCAAAGAAGAGGAGGAGAGCGGGGCCAACGGCACGUCCACCUCAUCCCCCCCUCAAAAUCGCAAAAAAAUUUUCAAGCCUGAAGAGCUGAGACAAGCACUAAUGCCCACACUGGAGGCUCUUUACAGACAAGAUCCUGAAUCUCUACCGUUCAGACAACCUGUAGACCCAAUGCUACUGUGUAUUCCUGACUACUUUGACAUAGUGAAGAACCCCAUUGAUCUAUCCACCAUAAAACGUAAACUGGAUACAGGUCAAUACCAAGAGCCAUGGCAGUACGUGGACGACGUGUGGCUCAUGUUCAACAACGCUUGGCUGUACAACCGGAAAACGUCCCGUGUUUACAAGUGCUGCACCAAACUCGCUGAAGUAUUUGAGGCAGAGAUCGAUCCUGUCAUGCAAGAGCUGGGCUACUGCUGUGGCCGAAAGUAUGAGUUCUCACCUCAGACACUGUGUUGCUAUGGCAAACAGUUGUGCACCAUUUCCAGGGAUGGAACCUACUACAGCUACCAAAACAGGUAUCACUUCUGUGAAAAGUGCUUCAAUGAGAUCCAAGGGAACAGUGUGACCCUGGGAGAUGACCCAGCUCAGCCGCAAACGAUGAUCUCAAAAGAACAAUUUGAAAAGAAGAAAAACGACAUGCUGGACCCCGAACCGUUCAUUGAAUGUAAAGACUGUGGAAGGAAGAUGCACCAAAUCUGUGCACUGCACUAUGAUGUCAUUUGGCCGUCAGGAUUCAUCUGUGACAACUGUCUGAAGAAGUCUGGCAAAACAAGAAAAGAGAACAAGUUCUCAGCAAAAAGAUUGCAGACCACAAGAUUGGGCACAUACAUUGAGGACAGAGUAAACAAGUACUUGAAAAGACAGAACCACCCGGAGGCUGGUGAGGUGUUCGUACGAGUGGUGGCCAGCUCUGACAAAACAGUGGAGGUCAAGCCUGGCAUGAAGUCCCGGUUUGUGGACUCAGGCGAGAUGGUGGAGAGCUUCCCUUACAGAACCAAAGCACUUUUUGCAUUCGAGGAAAUAGACGGCGUGGACGUUUGUUUCUUCGGCAUGCAUGUCCAGGAGUACGGGUCCGAUUGCCCUCUUCCAAAUACCAGACGGGUUUACAUAUCAUACCUCGACAGUAUUCAUUUCUUCAAGCCACGUAUGCUAAGGACUGCAGUGUACCACGAGAUCUUGAUAGGCUACCUGGAGUACGUGAGGAAACUGGGGUAUGUGAUGGGUCACAUCUGGGCCUGUCCACCCAGUGAAGGAGAUGACUACAUUUUUCACUGCCACCCGCCUGACCAGAAAAUCCCAAAGCCCAAGAGACUCCAAGAGUGGUACAGGAAGAUGCUGGACAAGGCCUUCGCUGAGCGAAUCAUUCACGACUACAAGGAUAUUUUCAAGCAAGCGACAGAAGACAGGCUGACCAGUGCAAAAGAGUUACCAUACUUUGAAGGGGACUUUUGGCCAAAUGUGCUGGAGGAGAGUAUUAAAGAGCUGGAGCAAGAGGAGGAGGAACGCAAGAAGGAGGAGAACACUGCCUCUUGUGAGACUCCAGAGGGUGCCCAAGCUGACAGCAAGAAUGCUAAGAAGAAGAAUAACAAGAAGACGAACAAAAACAAGAGCAGCGUCAGCAGAGCCAAUAAGAAAAAGCCUGGAAUGCCGAAUGUAGCGAAUGAUCUCUCCCAGAAGCUCUACGCCACCAUGGAGAAGCAUAAAGAGGUGUUUUUUGUAAUCCACCUUCAUUCUGGGCCAGUCAUCAACACCCUUCCCCCCAUCAUGGAUCCCGAUCCUCUGCUGACGUGCGACUUGAUGGAUGGGCGCGACGCCUUCCUGACGUUGGCGCGGGACAAGCACUGGGAGUUCAGCUCGUUGAGAAGAUGCAAGUGGAGCACCAUGUGCAUGCUGGUGGAGCUGCACAACCAGGGGCAGGACCGCUUUGUCUACACGUGCAACGAGUGCAAGCACCAUGUGGAGACCCGCUGGCACUGCACCGUCUGUGAGGACUACGACCUAUGCAUUAACUGCUACAACACUAAGAGGCAUGAACACAGGAUGGUGAAGUGGGGCCUGGGUCUAGAUGAUGACAGCAACGGCCAGAGUGGCGAGGCUUCCAAGAGUCCUCAGGAGAGCCGCCGUCUGAGCAUCCAGCGUUGCAUCCAGUCGCUAGUCCACGCCUGCCAGUGCCGGAAUGCCAACUGCUCGCUUCCUUCAUGUCAGAAGAUGAAGAGGGUGGUUCAACAUACCAAGGGUUGUAAGCGCAAGACCAACGGCGGCUGCCCGGUGUGCAAGCAGCUCAUCGCUUUGUGUUGCUAUCACGCCAAGCACUGCCAGGAGAACAAGUGUCCUGUUCCUUUCUGUCUGAAUAUCAAGCACAAGCUUCGCCAACAGCAGCUGCAGCACAGGCUGCAGCAAGCUCAACUCAUACGCCGCCGAAUGGCCACCAUGGCAGGAAGGGGUAUGCCCAUGCCAUCUCCACCUACCUCAGCGGCCCCUGACACUCCCAACUCCCUGCAGCAGCCUAAUACUCCGCAGACUCCGCAGCCGAUGCCAAGCCAGCCGCAGCAGCAGCAGCAGCAGCAGCAGCCGCCUCCCAACCCUGCUAACAUGGGCCAAGUCUUCCCCAACAGUGGCCGCACUAGCCAGCCCCCAACGCCCAUCAGUCAAGGCAAACCCGGUUCACAAUCGUCUCCUCUUCAUCAGCAGCCAUCCCCACUGCCCAAUUUGCAGCCUCCGUCACAGAUGCCACAGCCUCAGCAGCCUCCUCCGCAGCCACAACAACAACAACAGCAGCAGCAGCAACAACAGCCUCUACGAGCGGCCAUGGAAGUAGCCAACCAGAUACACAUUGCUGCCAAGGUAAGGCAGCAGCAGCAGCAGCAGCAGCAACAGCAGCAGCAAAACUAUGGCAUGAAUGGAAUACCCAUGAACCACCCACGCAUGAUGCAGGGUCAGAUGCAGGGCCAGAUGCAGGGUCAAAUGCAGGGCCAGAUGCAGAUGAUGCCGGGGCCACGAGGGCCGCAGGUUAUGCAGACCAUGCAGCAAAAUCAAUGGGGCGGGGGCAUGCAGAAUCUGCAGGGUCAUCAGCCUCAAGUCCCGACUCAACAAGGACCCAUGGCUGCUCAGGUGCAGGCAACUGCCAUGCCUCAGCAGGGCCAGCUCAUGCAGAGGCCGAUGAUGCCCCAGCAGCAAGGUCUCCAAAUGGGAGGCGUCAUGCCUCCUCAAGGCCCAUCACAGCAGGGCUUGACGCCCCAGCAGCAGAACAUGCCCAGAGGGAUGCCCAGCAACAUUGCCCCCAGUGCUCUACAGGAUCUAUUGCGCACCCUCAAGUCUCCCAGCUCCCCGCAGCAGCAGCAGCAAGUCCUCAAUAUUCUCAAAUCCAACCCCUACCUCAUGGCUGCAUUCAUCAAACAGAGAACAGCAAAGUACCAGGGCAACCAGCUGACCCCGCAGGCGCCAACGCCGCAGCAGAACCCCCAGGCUAUGAUGGGUUCCCAGGCUGGGAUGCCAAAUAUGGCAGCGAUGGCCGGUCAGGUGCAGAGGCAAGCCAUGCCCCCGCAACAGCAGGCGCUACAGCAAGCAGGACCCCAAGGAAUGGCACCAAUGGGUCCUCAAGGUCAGAUGAUGAAUGCUGCCCAAAACGGGAACCCACAGCUUUUUCGAAGGCAGCAGAUGCUCAGGAUGCAGCAGCUGCAGCAGCAGCAGCAACAACAGAAGCAGCAGCAGCAGGGAGGGAUGCCACAGGGCCAUGGCCCUUUCCCGCAGCAGCAACCUGGGCAGGUGAGCUACUCUCAGCUCCGGAUGCAGCAACAGCAGCAGCAUAUGGCUAUGCAAGGUGGUGGGGGGCCAAUGAGCCAGCUCCCCCCCACAUCUCAAAUGGGCCCGGCUGGCAUGGGUAUGGAUGGGCCACAGAACCUGCUGCAGCAGCGAAUGCUUCAGCAACAGCAGAUGCUGAAGCAGCAGAUGGCCUCUCCAGCACAGGCCAAUUCCAUGAGUCCCCAACCUCACAUGCUUCAAGGCCAAGCACAGGGAGGGCCUCACCUGCCGGGCCAGGCAAUGACAAACUCUCUGGGUAACCAAGUACGUUCUCCAGCUCCGGUGCAGUCGCCCCGUCCGCCUUCACAGCAGCCGCCGCAUUCCAGUCCCUCCCCUCGGAUACAACCGCAGCCCUCGCCCCAGCACCCUGCUCUUCACUCCAGCUCCCCUCACCCCAGUCUCGGAGGGCCAAUGUCGGGCCCCUUAGAGCACGGACACAUGGGAACACCAGAGCAGAGUGCCAUGCUCCCGCAGCUAAACACACCAAAUCGAGGGGGGUUAAGUAAUGACAUGGGCAUGGUUGGUGACACGACGGGAGACACUUUGGAGAAGUUUGUUGAAGGAUUGUAGCGUCUAAUGACAGAAGAAAGGCCUUGUUUAGUUUCAGUCGAGACACUUUUUUUGUAUUUGCUGAUGUACAAAGUUAACGGACAACAAAUGAGGCCUACAGACUGUGAACUAUCCCUUAAGCAAGGGACUGCAUUUUCUUCCAACACACGACGAUUCAAGUAAUGGCUGUAAAAAGAGGAAAAAGGACAGCAAAGACACAAAGAAUAUAUUUUUAGUUCAGACCAGCCAAGCAAGUGCUUGCGCUGGUCUUUGUGUUGUUCAAAUUUGUUUUUCAGUUGUUCUGUUCUGAUAUUGACUUUUUCUAAAAUAACUUCAAAACAAAAAAACUUUGUUUUGCUUUUUGUUUCGUAUCUCUGCAAAUUGAUAUUGUAUUUGUGUUGCACAGACUGUAAAUUGAUUUGUCUGUGAAUUUCUUUUUUUUAUUUGCCAGGUUUUCACCUCUUCUCUAUUCCUGGCUAAUUUAUUCUAAUAUGCCAUUUUUUUUUUCAAAAGGACUGCCUUUGGGAAAGCCUUAAAUUUCCUUCCUGUUUGUAAAGUUAUGGGAGCUAAAUAAUUUGUACAGUUCUAGAGACUAUUGCUCACACAAACCCAAGUGUUGGGGGAUCCCGCACUUGUUGUGUGUUACCGUUCACAGGUGCCGGAAUGUUGUCUUUACUGGACCCGGUCCAGUACUUGUCUUGUUCAUAUUAUUGCUUUGUCUUUCCUUCUGUCUAAAAUAUUAUCUUUAAGUCCUGUACCUCUUUUGCCUGUGGUGGGAAACAAACUUGUUUAACUGCUGAUUUGCGUGCAGAGAGUACAUCAUUUUGUCUUUCGCAUUAAACUUGAAUUGAUGAAACUGUUCUCUAAUGUACAUCGUGCAGAUAGACAGCACUGUACAUAUGCAGUAAAAUAAGAAUGAAUCACUGUACAAACUGGUUCAAAAUGGCUCAUUUCGUACUUAUAUACCAUAUUGUUAAAUAAACCUGUGUGCCACAGAGUCCGCUGCUCACUGUUCUUAAAGGUUUUUCACUGGAAUUUCAUGGAAAUUCAUUUGGGAAUGGCAAAACGUACCAGAUGAUGUUCAAAUAAACAAA